GACUCUCUGACGUGACCUACUUGUUGAUAUGGUGGCAGCCUAGAAUAUAAUGCGACCGAAACCAAACACUGCAUUUCCAUACUACUGUUAAUGUCGCUGGGUUUUUUACGUUUUUAUUUUUGGAUGAUGAAACUGUGAGCUUGCUAUCAUGCCAGUCAGGGCGAAGUCGUCUUCUGAAUAUGUGAAAAAGUUCCGCUGGAAUGACUCGGUCAAGUCUGCAUCAUUUACUCCUACCAAAGAGCAAAAUGCCCCGCAGGCGGGAAUGUCAUCUGUUGGCCAUGCUGAUAGCUUUGCAAUCACCCGCGAGCCACCACUUCAGCGAAGGAGAAAACCGAUCCAGGAAGAUAACAAGAUGACCUACACCACAAAGCAGUUCAUGGCUGCAGGUGACUCGGAGGACAGCAGUGAUAUAGGCAAACCAAAUAAGAUACCAGGGUCAUCGCUUUCAAAGACUUUCCUGAAGAAAGUGGAUAUGCCCGCAAAAACAAGGCCACCUAUUGACAAGACUCUAAAGACGGAGAAGAACAAAGCCCUUGCUGCACAAACCAGAGUCAUAUCCAAACCUAGCCAGCCACCUCCUCCUCCCAAGAAAGUGGCCCCUCCCUCUCCAAUCAGGGCAGCUAAGGGUCCAGCAAUCACUAAGACGGGCAAACAUGUUCCUAAAGCAGGAGGCGAUGCAUCAAAAACAAAGGGCAAAGCUGAACAGGAGACUGAUGAAGCCUUACAGUACCGUGCUGGUAUUAAAGCAAGGCCUGGUGGUCCCAGGUAUUCAUCAGAGUACCAGCGACAGUUUGCCUGGAAGCAACCAUCAAAAGAAUCACCUUUGAUGGCUGCAGAACAGAUGGUACAUACCUCUAAUGCAAACCUGGCUCCGUACGUACCAGAUAAGAUACCCCGGCACACAGAAUACCAGAGGCAGUUCAAGCAGCAGAACCAUGGUGGCCCUUUGGUACAAGAUCAGCUCAUGCAGAAUGCACAGCAAGAGAUCAAAGCAAAGUACAGGGUCAAAACAAAGAGCAAACGAGGUAAGAAGCUGACCCCUGAUAAACAGCAACCAGCUGGAGUGCUAUCGGUAAUCUCACAUGAUGAUCCAAGACUCGUCAAAUCAUCUCAAAAUCCUCAGAGACCUUUCUUUCCACAUGCAACAGUAAGAAAAUGGAGGUCAGAGUACAAGUCCAACUUCAAAACCCCUCAGGUGUUUAGUUAUGAGAAUGGAGUAUGGAAAGGUGCGGAUCCUCCUCAUGUCCAACCUAGAGAUGAUUCAUCAGAUAGAGGGGGUAAACCAGAACAGCUGACCAGGUCUAAGUCCGUAGGGGACUUACCCAACUGGUUUUCAGAAGUCUUAGAAUUACGUGAGAGGGCAAAAGAGUAUCAGAAGCGGUCCCGAGGCACUCAUUUUACCAGGCAGCACCUAGGUCAACUACUGGCUAAUCAGGCCAAGUUAUGGGAGGAAUCCAGUGAUCAACUUAGUACAUCAAGCUCUAUCUCCACUCAAACAACGGGGUCAGAGAAAAAAGAUGAACCAAAGGAGGGAGCACGCCCUUCAGCGAGCGCUCCAGACUUGGGCCAUGAACCAACGAGAAGAAAGCUAGCUUGGCAUGCCAACAACAACAAAGCCGAGGAAGAACCCAACCCAAACCAAAACAUUGCACAUCUUGAAAGGAGAUCAAGUAUCAGCAGUGUUACAACCCCUGAGUCAAUGCCAAGCAUGUCAUCUCGGAGUUCUGAGAUAGAAAGCAUUGAAGAGAAUGGGCGCCUCACAACCCCAACCCUUAAAGAGUCUGAACAGCAGUCACAUGGAAGUAAGAGACACCAUUUAGACAGGACCACUCCUGCAAAAGGAGGUGCCUUGCUGACUUCACCAGCAUCGAGAAGAAGAGCCACCCAUGUUCCUAAAACCACAGUGACCUAUCCAAGGCAAGGAGAGCUGAUGAAGCCCAGUAGUCGUACAUACGUUGCAAGGUCUGCCCCUGUCAAAGCAAUCAUUCCUGGUGGUAUCACAAAAGGCUUUGAGUAUGAUAGUGAUGAUGAUGAUGAUGAGGAUGAUGUUGACCUCGACAGAACACUUACACGGGGGCAGCAGACUCCUCCUCGUAAUCCAACCCAACAAAAACAGAUGGGAAGAUUCUUGCACUCUUCACCAUCAGCUGGAAGGCGAACCUCUGAUCCACAUCCUCUCAACGAGGAACUGAUAUCCCCAGGCUUCCAGAGGCACUCUGAGAGAUUCUUUGAAACCAGUCCCGGGAUGCCAACCAUCCCAAACAAGAUCGAGCCGCCAAAGACGUGGGCUGCCCCCUGGGCGGGUCUCAAAACAGCUCCUCCUGCUGCUGGGAAAGGUCCCCUUGAAAGACCUCACUCUGGGAGGAUCGGCGGACGCCCACAGACGGCCGUCCCACAGACCAGAGAAGCUGCCUCUCAGCAGGUGCAAAGACUCCAUUCCUUCAUGUCACCCAGGUCCAACGGUCUAGAGUCUCCCGAUGAUUGGAACCUGACCCCACCCAGGGGUGGAGGAGGGGGGCGGAGAGACAGCGAUGAGCUCUCCUUAUCAACCAUGUCCAAUGCAUCCAGCUGCAGUCUAGCGUCUGAGGUACUCGAGAGAGCCAAGAAGAGGCGUGAUGACUUCUGGGGAAAAGAUAAAAGAGAUUGAGAUGAUGUGCUUUAGUGAAAUGAAUUUAUAGCAGUAAUGGUAUUCCUUUUUUUUUUUUUUUUGAACAAAUACAACACACAGGGGGAAUCACUUUGAGAAGUUAACGAUUCCCUUACAGAUUAAUCAGAGCCAAUAUAAACACAAUUUCAGGAAAUGUGAACAAAAGCUGGGGAGAAUUUGGAAGUUGUGUGGUUCUUUCCAGAAAGGAAAGUGGAAAUCCGAAAUGCCAGUAGGACUUUUCCCCUGUAAGCUAUUUGUAAUGAGUGUCUAGCUCAUGAAGACCUGAUAACUUAAUUCAUUCUUUUUAUUAUGUGUUGUGAUGUUAUCCAAAAAUUAGUUGAGCAUCAUAUGAAUCAUCAUGCAUUGAUAGAAUAUUUAAUACUUCAUAAAUCUCUUGUCUUCAUUAGAGACAGUGUUAAACAUUAACAGUCUUUCAGACAUAAAAGGAUGUCUUUUUCAUUGAAAAUCAAAGCACUUGCCACUUUAAUCUCUCUUAAGUAAACUAAAUUUGAGCACAACCUCUUUAUAUUUUUAGACUUCUGCAAAGAAAACAAAAUCUCAGGCAAAUUUUACCUUGUAAAUUUUGAGAGGCCUAUUUUACUUUUUAUCAUUUCUGACUUUAAACAUGGGCACUUAUUUAUUUCCUUGUGCUUCUUACGUGUACAUAGUGUAUAGUAUUAUUUGUUUUGAAGUGAACUGAAUGAAAUAUGUAACAUUAUGUGCAGUUUUGAUUUUAUUUUUGUUUAUUAUUUAUACAUAGCCCAUUCAUGCUUCGAAGUUAAUUUGUAAAUGUCUAAUACAUGUAUCUAAUUUUAGACAUGAAUUUGAAUAGAAAAUAGUUUGAUUUUGUUGAUAAAUGGAUGAGUGAACAUUCAAACUGCCCUUUAGCUGUGUAGUCAUUCAUAUAGGUUUGCAAUAUAGUAAAGGGAUCAUGUAGGACCAUGUUGUGUUAGACCAAAGCUUUUGUCUGGGCAUGAUUUGCAUAUCAUAGUCUUUCCAAAUACAUGUAGAUAUUUUUUCAGUUUUCCUCCUGUACUCUUUGGGUUUAGAUGUACUUUACAUUCCACUUUUUCAUCCAGUUAUAGAUACAUGUAAAUGCAGUACUGUAGCUUGUGGAUAUAAUAUCCUGAAGUACAUGUGUUGAUAUGUAUAAACAAUGCAAAAUAGAGUCUUUUAUACUUGCACAAAAAUGCAUUAAUGUUCUAUUUUUCCACUGGAUAUUCAUGCAUGUAUUUUGAUUUGGAAAAACAUGUAAUAGAGUGUAUAAAGGGUGAACUAGAAGUACUGUUUAAAAUGAAAUGAAUUGUUGUUUUUUCCUCCAUCAUAUGCAGUAUGGAUGGAUUAAUUAUUAUUUUCACACUUUCCACAAAUAUGGGAUGUUAGCAUUGCUAAUUAAUGACUGGCAUGUGUAUGGUUUUCAAUGUUGGAAUCAUUUAUGGACUGGAUGGUUACUGAAUUCUCAUUAAGAAAAACAUAGUUUCUGUAGCCAAUGGGUAGAUGCAUAAUGUUAAAGCUGGUUAUAAAAUUGUAUUUAUUUGAAGCAAAAAGUAGAACAUUCAAAAUUAGGAUAUUUAAUACGUCCCUUUCAUGUAUUACUAGUAAACCACACGAGUCAAUGGUUUAGCAACAUUCAUAUAUUUCACCCUAUGAUUUCAGUAAUAUUCAUGAAAAGGUUAGGGCUUCCUCCAAAACAAUAAAUAAAUAUCAAUAAAAUGUAAGGGAUUUUCCAUAUCUGACUGAAUAUGACUUCCUUCUUUGUCCUUUUAAAUAAAGAGUUUUUGGAAACGUAAAAAUUGCAAUGUGCUUCCUCAUUUUGUGUAGAAACAGGAAACUGUUGAUAUGUCAUAGUUUUGAUUUAGAAACUUAAAUUUCUUAAAAGGAUAUAACAAACAUCUGCCACAUCAAAUAAACAAAAAAUGUUUUGAUAUCAAUGUGGACGUGGACUGAAAGCAGAUGCAUUAUAUUCUUUAUUCAGUUUACAUACUUCUCAGAAAGUAAUGGGGAAAAACCCGACAAUUUUGGGUAUUAGGCCCCCUCUUGCUAUUAAAGUGCAUCAAGCACCAACAAGUAUACCUUGUGCUGUACUGUAUUUAAAAUGUGUUCUUCAAAUACUGCUAUAAAAUAGAUGUAGCAAAUUUUAAAUACAUUCUCAAUUAACAUAAUAAUGACUUGUGAGUUUACUAGUCGAUGCAUUAGUAUUUAGUACGUACUUGAAUAUAACCCAAUUUGGAAUUGGGUUGUGUUAUUAGGGUUGAAUUUUAUUCUCAUAUUCAUAGUCCUUAACCAUUACCCAAUAGAAUGUAAUUUAAAGUGUCAUAAGGUAAACGUGUAUACACUUUAUCUGUAUACAAAUCCCUUUGUAGGGUGAUUAGUACACUUUGAGACUGCCAAUCCUCAUACCGCUAUAGUGAUCUCAAAGUACCUUGUAUGUUUAAUUAGCAUGGGACUGGAGUAACAAACAAUGUUCAGGUCUCAGUAGUUUCAAUUUAUUUAAAAAUUAUCUGUUACCACAUCAAUUGAAGGAAAUUGUGGCCUGUCACGAGGCCAAGGAAAUGGUUUAUUGUGUGGGCGUGGGAUUCCCCCCUCUGCAAUAGUGGGAAAAAAGUUUGCUUGGUAUGAUAACAUUUUCUUGAAUUAAGUCAAGUACUACUAAAUUGCUGAGUCAUUAAGUUUAGACUGUCAAGUCCCCUUUGCAUAGAAUUAGUAGAAAAGACUGUCAUUGAGCUGAAAUGCUUUUUUGGUUGAACAGCAUUGAUUGUUGAAAAAGACCUUGAGUUCAGGACCUAAAUAGAACAGGAGGAAUAAAAACAAUAUCUUGAUUUUAUAAAUUUGAAAUAUAAAAUGAAUUCUUGAUACUAAAGAAUUUGAAAUACUGUAAAAGCAAAGUGUUAUUAUAAAAAGUCUCUUGACUGUUAUUAGGAAUGAACUUAAAUUGAACUCUUUACAAAAAAGUCACUUGGUUUGUAGUGUCUCUACUGAAUUGAAAAAUGCAAUAUGAAAUAUGUGGAUUAGGAGAUGGAAUGGUGUAUAAGUGUCAAGCUUAUAUUGUCUGUUGAGAGCCAGAAGGGCAUUAAAUCUGUAUAAAAGUAUAGGAAUUGAUGCCCUUGUGGCUUUUGGUGGAUGAUAUAAUGCUUUGAAACCCUGUGUAAUCAAAAAGGUUUCUUUACUCCUUUUAAACGUUGAAAUUGACUUUGAUGUUUGAAAAUGUAGUCCUCGUGAAAUGGUUCUCCAUGAAAACUCAUUUCUCUUCAUUACUGCAUUCUAGUACUGCUUUGUUCAUAUACAGAAUAAUAUUCAAAGUAAUAACAAAUAAAGAAAAGAAGACAUUACCCUGGCCCUUGGCUUGACAUUGCAACAGCAGAAGAUGUAUAUUUUCAGUUUUGUGUAUGGAAACUGUGAUCGAGAGGCAGAUUUUGUCUUGUUUGCUAAUAAAUCUUACUCAUACAUGUCGGAGUAUGACAGAAAA